GUGACGUCACCGGCCCGGCCGGCACACCGGGCAUGUCGUCGCCGAUGUUCCGUGACGUCGGCCUGACGUCAUCACACACGUCACGGAGCGGCCGCGUGCGUGCCCCUCAGCGCCCGGCGCCACCGAGUUCCCGCCGCGGCGCGCGCGGAUGACGUCACUGCCGGUACCGGGCCGACAGCGUGGUUCCCGGGGAACUUCCGGUUCCGGGGCGCGGAGCGGCCCCGCCAUGGACGAUCUGAUCCUCAACGUUGACUUCUCCGCCCCGGAGCGCCGCGCCAAGAAGGAACCGGGCAACCGAAAGCACCAGAGCUUCGUGCGGCGGCGCCGGGAGCUGGAGCGCCGCGGGGUCCUGCGGCAGAAACAGCUCCCGGCAGCGGCACCGGGCCGGCGCUCGGCGGCCAAACCGCGCUCGGGCCGGCGCUGCCCUAAAGAGAACGGCAACGCCAACCCCCGGUGCUCUCCGGUAGCACAGAACGGCCCCGCCGGCAGCAAGGGGAAGGCUCGGGGGGCGGCCCAGAACAGCACCGGAGCCAAGGGGAAGGCUCGGGGGGCGGCCCAGAACGGCCCCACCGGCACCGGAGCUUCAGCUCAGAGCAAGGCCAAGGCCCGGGGGGCGGCCCUUGGAGCCCCCCCGGUAUCCCAGAACGGCCCCGGUGCCCCCGCUCAGAGCAAGGCCAAGGCCCGGGGGGCUGUCGGGGCCCCCCCGGCGCCCCCCAAGCUGGUGGCCCUGGACUGUGAGAUGGUGGGCACGGGCCCCGGCGGUCGCACCAGCGCCCUGGCGCGCUGCAGCAUCGUCACCUACGAGGGGGACGUGGUGUACGACCGCUACGUGCGGCCCGAGGCGCCCGUCGUGGAUUACCGCACCCGCUGGAGCGGCAUCCGCCCGCGGCACAUGGCGCAGGCCGUGCCCUUCCGCAGGGCGCAGCAGCAGGUGCUGCAGAUCCUGGCUGGCAAGGUGGUGGUGGGCCACGCCGUCCACAACGACUUCAAGGCUCUGCAUUACUGCCACCCCAAAGCCCUGACCAGGGACACGUCCCAGAUCCCUCUGCUGAACCGCAGGGCUGGCUUCCCUGAGAACGUGGCCAUCUCCCUGAAACGCCUCACCAAGGCCCUGCUCAACCAGGACAUCCAGGUGGGGAAAAGCGGCCACUCCUCGGUGGAAGAUGCCCGAGCCACCAUGGAGCUCUACAAGGUGGUGGAGGAGGAGUGGGAGCAGCACCUGCAGCAGAACCCGGAGCACAAGUGACACCCUGGGGGAUCAGAGUGACACCCCCGGCCUCUGGGGGGUCCCACAGUGACACCCCCAACCCGGUCCUGCCUCUGAGGGGGAUCAGAGUGACACCCUGGGGGAUCAGAGUGACACCCCCAGCCUGGUCCUGCCUUUGGGAGGACCCACAGUGAUGGCCUAGGCCUGGUCCUGCCUCUGGGGGGGCUCAGAGUGACACCCUGGGGGAUCAGAGUGACAUCCCCGGCCCAGUCCUGCCUUUGGAGGGGCUCAGAGUGAUGCCAACAGGCGUGGUCCUGCCUCUGGGGGGCUUAGAGUGACACCCCCAGCUUCUGCAUCCCCCUAAAUCACCCACAGUGACACACCCCCAGCCCGGUCCUGCCUUUGGGGGGUCCCACAGUGACACCCCCAGCCCGGUCCUGCCCCUCGAGGCUCCUGUGAGCACUGAGGCGCUGCCGUGUCCGUGGCUGAGGAGGAGGAGCCAGGUGCGAUGUCCCUGUCCCCAAGCCUGUCGUGCCUUGUGCCGCUACCCCCAGGGCGUGGGGGAGGAACCCCAGAGGGGUCUCUGGCAUUCUGCACCCCCCGAACGCUUCGGGGCUGCUGCUGCUCCGGGAGUGACCCUGGGACAUCCUGAGCACAGCCCCCAUCUCUGGGGCGUGGGGAGUGGAGCAGGCUCCUUCCUCCUCCCCGAACUACCUCUGUGUGCGCCGGGAGCCGCCUCGGGACUGUGGCUGGGAUCACAUCCGUCUGCAAAAACUCCCGCUCCACUCCGGGAGCUGGGAUCGCGUCC